AUGCUAGAGAAAAGCUGGCACUAAUGGAGGAUGCUACAAAGCUGAAGAGACUGGCUGACAUCAGUACCCAGGAAGUUUCCCAUAAAGAAGCAGAACUGCUAAAAAUUCAGCGAGAAGUACAGCAGACUAUAAAUGCAGUGAAGGAAAAAGAGCAUGAUGUCCAAAUUUGGGAAUCACAGCUUCAGCAGCAGAUUCAGCAACACCAAGAUAUGGAACAGAAACUUACAAAAAGCAGAUCAGAAUGUAUACAGCUGCAGGCAUUACUCCAUCAGCUAGAAGAGAAAUUCCUGACCAGUUUCCAGUCCACUCAACAGCAGAUUGCUAAAGAACUUUGUGAAGAAGCGGAAAAAUUAAAGCAAGCCCUCAAGGAAAAAGGACUUUCAACUGAUGAAGACAAAUACUUGCGGAACAAGAUGGCAGAAAGUUGUGGGCAUCUGACGAGAGAAAAUAGUCUCCUCCAGGCUCGAGUGCUAGAAGCCACAAAGCAACUCAAUAGAAUCGCUGAAAAGGAAAAGGACAUGAAUUUUCUGCAAAGCCAAGUUAACAGUUUGUCCAGUGACCUCAACCAUUUGAAGUCACGAGUUGAUGUGGCAUCUGUAUUGCAGAAAGAAAAUGGAAAGAGUCCUUCCCAUGUUUCAACAGCAAAACAUGCAUCGAUGAACUAA